AUUGUGUUUUUGAAUAAUCUGUGGCCCUAAUUAAUAUUUAUUUUUAUUGAUACACUUUGCUAUAAAUGGUUUCUGGAGUUAAACAUGACUGUUUCGCCUUUUAGAAACAAUCUUAAAUACUAAAUGUGCUACACAAUUCAUUACAUCAACCUUUGACAUUUUAGCGUUUGGACGGGACUUUUAUUUUGGUGUGGUGAUGUGACGUCACAAGGCUGCGCCGCGCUCCUGAUUCUGAAGAAAGAUUGUCCAAACACAGAAAAUUCCUGGUGAAGCAACCGAAAUCCAUGUGACCCACUCUUAUAAAGAUGGCGUUUAUUAAAGAGGAGAGUGAAGACAUCAAAAUUGAAGAAGUAUUCAGUCUGAAACAAGAAGAUACUGAGGAACAAACAGAGUUGAUUGAAGAAAACGAAGAGAAUGAAGAAUUGAGUGAAAUUGAUGAGAAAAACCAUGUUAAAAUUGGAGAACAACAUUUGAGUUGCUCUCAAACCAAACAGAAAGAUUUAAAGAAAAGAAGAGACAAUAAAUCUUUCACCUGCACUCAGUGUGGAAAGAGUUUCACAUGCCAAUAUUAUCUUGAUGUUCAUAUGAGAGUUCAUACUGGAGAGAAACCGUUCACUUGUGAUCAAUGUGGGAAGUGUUUUGCACACAAAGGAAACCUUAAGAAACACAUGAACAUCCACCUUAGAGAGAAGCUGUACACAUGUAAUCAGUGUGGCAAAAUAUUUCUGAGGGCUCCAGACCUGAAGACACACUUGACAGUUCAUACAAAGGAGAAGCCACAUUCAUGCCAUUUGUGUGGAAAGAGUUUUUCAUGUUUACAAAAUUUAAAAGAACAUCAGAAAAUACAUACUGGCGUGAGAGAGUAUGUGUGCUUUGAGUGUGAAAAGACUUUUACUUCAGCAAAGAGUUUAAAACGGCAUGAGAGGAUCCACACUGGAGAGAAACAAUACAAGUGUUCACACUGCAACAAGAGAUUCAAUCAGUCAGGAGACCUAAAAACACAUGAGAGGAUCCACUCUGGAGAGAAACCUUACAAGUGUUCACACUGUGACAAGAGAUUCAGUGUGUCAACAAGUCGGAAAACACACGAGAGGAUUCACACUGGAGAGAAACCGUAUCACUGCACUGAAUGUGGGAAGUGUUUCAUUCAAUCAUCUAAUCUACACAGACAUACAAAAAACUAUCACAUUUUGAAGCAAGCAGGAAUAUCUGGAGGAGUAUCAUCUGAACUGAGAUCUGCUGUGAAGAUGGUGUUUGUCAAAGAGGAGAGUGAAGAGAACACGAGUGAACCAGAAACAUGGAUAAUAAAACACGAGGAACCAGAACCCCGGAGAAUAAAACAAGAGGAACCAGAACCCUGGAGAAUAAAACAGGAGGAACCAGAACCCCGGAGAAUAAAACACGAGGAACCAGAAACCUGGAGAAUAAAACAGGAGGAACCAGAACCCCGGAGAAUAAAACAAGAGGAACCAGAACCCUGGAGAAUAAAACAGGAGGAACCAGAACCCUGGAGAAUAAAACAGGAGGAACCAGAACCCCGGAGAAUAAAACACGAGGAACCAGAAACCUGGAGAAUAAAACAUGAGGAACAAGGAGCCCCCAGCACUACCAAACCUGCUUCUGGUGCCACCAUCUGUAAAAAGUUGAUUGAAGAAAAAGAGAAGAAUCAAGAAUCAAGCGAAGCUGAGAAGAAAAAUCAUGCCAAAACUGAAGAAAAACCUUUGAGUGGCCCUCAAACCAAACUGAAAGAUUUAAAGAAAAGAAGAGCCAAGAAAUCUUUCACCUGCACUCAGUGUGGAAAGAGUUUGACAGGCAAAACAAGUCUUGAUAUUCACAUGAGAGUUCAUACUGGAGGGAAGCAGCACACAUGUGAUCAGUGCGGUAAAAUGUUUUUAUGGGCUUCAGUUCUUAAGGAACACUUGAAAAUUCAUGCAAAGGAGAAGCCACAUUCAUGUAAAUUGUGUGAUAACAAUUUUGUGCGUCUACAAAAUUUGGAAGUAGGUCAGAAAAUACACACUGUGGAAGAGUGCAUGUGCUUUGAGUGUGAAAAGACUUUUACUUCAGCGACGUGUACAAAACUGAAUGAGAGCAUCCACACUAGAGAAAAACCUUAUAAGUGUCCACACUGUGACAAGAGAUUCAAUAGGUCAGGAGACCUGAAAACACAUGAGAGGAUUCACACUGGAGAGAAACCUUAUAAGUGUUCACACUGUGACAAGAGAUUCAGUCAGUCAGGACAACUGAAAAUACACAAUAGGAUCCACACUGGAGAGAAACCUUAUAAGUGUUCACACUGUGACAAGAGAUUCAGUCGUUCAGCACAUCUGAAAACACAUGAGAUGAUCCACACUGGAGAGAAACCUUAUAAGUGUUCACACUGUGACAAGAUAUUCAUUAGGUCAGGAGACCUGAAAACACAUGAGAGGAUUCACACUGGAGAGAAACCUUAUAAGUGUUCACACUGUGACAAGAUAUUCAUUAGGUCAGGAGACCUGAAAACACAUGAGAGGAUUCACACUGGAGAGAAACUUUAUAAGUGUUCACACUGUGACAAGAUAUUCAUUAGGUCAGGAGACCUGAAAACGCAUGAGAGGAUUCACACUGGAGAGAAACCCUAUAAGUGUUCACACUGUGAAAAGAGAUUCAGUCAUUCAGCAAAUCUGAAAAGACACGAGAGGAUUCACACUGGAGAGAAACCAUACAAGUGUUCACACUGAGAUUUAAUCAUUCAGGACAUCUGAAAACACAUGAGAGGAUCCACAUUGGAGAGAAAAUGUAUCACUGCACUGCACGUGGGAAGUGUUUCAUUCAAUCUUGUGCUGUACACAGUCAUACAAAAAACAAUCACAGUGAGGCCCCGUACACACGGAGACGCAUUUAGCUGUAUACGUAAAAACAGUGGUGGACUACAUGCUUGUGUUCUUUCUGCAGAAGCUACUGAGCCGAUUAGCUUUGCUAAUUUUAUUAGCUUUUCUUGUUAUGUUGGGUUCGUAUACAGUGUGCAAGGUUUAUGCGCAUGCUCCAAGUCUUCUCUGUUUUUAGUGCAUCUCUGUGGCAGAAUUACAGCGCCACAUACUGGUCUGUCAUGAAUGCUACAUCAUUUUGAGUCUGUUUCAGUGGUUUUGUGUGUACGCACAUAUUUCUUGAGACAACGCUGUGUUUACGGAAGAACAAGACAAUAAAAGAUUGGAUAGGGAAAGCUGGCUUCGUGUGGAUGAGUCCUAAGUAGAUUAUCUUCAGAUCCUAUGCUGUCUCCUCAUUAAAUACAACAUAAUAAUGCAUCAAGCUGUAAAAUAUAAUCUAUAUAAAUCUGUCCUAACCAGACAUUACAAGUGACAUGACAAAGAAACAUUAUCUAAAGUUUUCACAGUAAAUAACGUUCAUCUUCAUCUUCAAAACCAGCAGAUUCAACUGUGAGAUUCAGAUCAACUCAAAGAUGGAGUUCCUCCUCAAAGAACAAUGUUAAAAAGUUUUAUUCUUGUAUAUCAGUUUGUUCAUGAUAAAAAUGUGCUUCUCUUGUAAGUAGGAAUGUAGGGACCGCAAGACCCUACAACGGACAGUGAACACCGCUGCAAGGAUCAUCGGUGCCCCUCUCCCCUCCAUCCUGGAUAUUUUCCUCACACGAUGCUCCAGCAAAGCCAAUAGUAUCGUGAAGGACUCCACACACCCCUCCCACAGUCUCUUCCAGCUCCUACCAUCAGGAAGACGGUACCGGAGCAUCAGAGCCCGCUCUGCCAGACUGCUCAACAGCUUUUUCCCCCAGGCUGUGAGAGCCCUGAACUCAAAUCACCCCGCCUCUCUGAACCCCCAUACA